AUCCUCAGGACUAUAGAAGCAGAAAUGCACCCAGGAACUGGUGCUGAUAAGCUAAGCCUAGUCCUGAGCAAUGAUCCCUUGUAAUUAAAAUCAUCUAAAACCUGUCUUUUCUGCUUUCCAAGUACCCACGUGUGUUUGGAGAAAGAAUAUGAAGAGUGACAGAAAGAAAGCUCAUGAAAGUCUUGAAGAAUUUCAGCCUCACUGGUUGGGGUGAUUAAUUGUCAAAUCAGAUCCGGGGAUCUCACCAGCACAGACACUGCCUGCUUCACUCUCACCAUGCUCGACCUGGAUGCUUGGCCCCACAUUCCGCAGAGUAUCCUACUGCUGACCCUACUGCUGGGACUCACAGGAGCAGAUACACGGGAGCUGAAGGUGAUUCAGCCUGAGAAAUCAGUUUCUGUCGCUGCUGGAGACUCAGCCACUCUGAACUGCACUGUGACCUCCCUGCUCCCUGUGGGGCCCAUUCAGUGGUUCAGGGAUACAGGGCAGAGUCGGCACCUAAUAUAUAGUUCCACAGGAGAGAAGUUCCCCAGAGUCACAGAUGUUGCAGAUACUACAAAGAGAAACAACCUGGACUUUUCCAUCCGCAUCAGUAGUGUCAUACCUGCUGAUGCUGGAACCUACUACUGUGUGAAAGUCGUGAGAACAGAAUCUGACAGGGAGAUUCCGUCUGGGGGAGGCACAGUGCUGAAUGUGCUUGCUAAACCGUCUCUUCCUGUGAUGUCGGGCCCUGCAGGAAGAGUUAUUCCUGGGAAGACAGUGAACUUCACAUGUAAGUCCCAUGGCUUCUUUCCUCGAAACAUCACACUUAAGUGGUUCAAAGAUGGAAAUGAGCUCCCUCGCUUCGGAAGUGCUGUAGACCCCAAAGGAGAAAGCGUCUCCUACAGUCUCUCCAGCACAGCCCAGAUAGUGCUGAGCCCUCAAGAUGUCCACUCUCAGAUCAUCUGUGAGGUGUCCCAUGUCACCUUGCAAGGAGGCCCUCUCCGUGGGACUGCCAACUUGUCUGACACCAUCCGAGUUCCACCCACUGUGGAGAUCAGCCAGCACCCAUCAGUGCUAUGGAAGCAGAUAAAUGUCAGCUGCCAGGUGAGUAAGUUCUACCCUUUGAGACUACGACUGAUUUGGUUAGAGAAUGGAAAUAUAUCCCGGACAGAAGAUCCUUCUCCACUCACCGUCAUCAAGGAUGGAACCACCAGCUGGACCAGCUGGCUCCUGGUGAACAGAUGUGCUCAUGAGGAGGACCUGGUACUCAGUUGCCUGGUGGAACAUGAUGGACAACCACCAGUCAUGAAACAUCACACUGUGAUGCCCAGAGCACAUCGCAGUGAGCAAGAACUGAAGACAUCAGACACUGCUGAGGUCCUUGUAGCUGUGCUCCUUGCACCCAAACUUCUACUGGUAAUUGGUGCCAUUGCCAUCUACAUGCACAAGAAGCAGAAGGCCUGACUGUGCUCAGACUACAAGAAGUUGGUGAGAAGCUGUGGAAGAUUGCUCUGAAUGCCUCCCUUACAAGGACAACUCCAUCUUAGAAUUCCCUAUUGUUCUCCUAUAAGCAUUGAUAGCUCACAGUUCUGAUGCUGUUGUUAUCGGAUUCUAUUCUUGGGGUUCUUAAUAUCAUUAAUAAAAUAAUUUAAGAAUGA